AUGGAAACGACUUUCACGAGUGUGAAGGUUGUCGAGAGAGCGAAUACUGCUUUGCCAGGAUCUCCUCAGACUCAAAGUAUUGCUAAAAUAACGAUAGAAAGCAUCAAUUUGAAAGUGCCACAUCUCACACCCAACGAUGACAUAAAGUUGCAGUUGUUGACACGUAUCAAAGCAGAUGAGUCUAUGAUGAUACCGUUUCGCCGAUGGGAAUUGCACGAGCUACCAGCACUCACACAAGGAUCUACCAUAGAAAUCUGGUCCGUCAAGACAUGUUCUGCAUUGGACAGUCCAAGAUAUGUUAUAGUAUUUUUCCAAACGAAAAAAGCCGAUAAUUUGCAUGAAGACGUCACCUUGUUCGAUAAUGCCAACAUCAAAUCCAUACGAUUGGCUCUGAAUAGCGACUAUUAUCCGCAAGAACGAAUGCUAUUGGACUUUUCCCGAGACCAAUAUGCUGACGCUCACUUCAACUAUACAGAGUUCAACAAGAGCUACCAUAACUGUCAAGAAAAGCGCUCUCUAGUAAACUUUGCCGAAUUCAAAUCCCGACCAAUGUUUGUUAUCGAUUGCUCGAGGCGCCAUCUGGGUCUAAAGUCGUCUACAGUUGACAUAAAGUCCAGGAAAAACCAUAACAAAAAACCUCAAGACUUGAAGAAAUAA